AUGCUUUUUGCAGCUGUAAGGCGCCAAAGGGUUCUUCAGUACCAUCCAGUAUUGAGAUUGCAUUUCUCUUCCGGAUUCAUUGAUGUUGAUAAAUUUCAAGAGUCAUUGAGGCUCAACAAGACACUAUCGAAACUAAAAGAUGCACAUUCAAAUGGUGCUAUCCAAAUUGUUAAAGACAUUUAUCCAGAGAAUUCAAAUGAGGUGAAUUCAGAUAGAUCAUUGCCGAUGUGUAAAUUUCUAAAGGAUGAAAUCUUUGCCAAAACAGAGAAUGAGCUAAUACAACAAUGGAGAAAACCGCUCGUAAAAUGGUUUCGACUUGGAGUUUACUGCAUGAAAUACUACAGGGAUGGUAUCAAAAAUACCUAUUUAACCUACAAGGAGACGAGAGAACUGUUGAAUAAAUAUGAAAGACAGUCCAAGACUCCUUUAAUAACACGAAUGUAUCAAAAUAUAGAGUAUAAUGAGAUUAAAAAUCGCAAUAUUAAAGGACAAAACAAAAUUGAGCCUCUUCCAAUAAGCAGAAAAGACUAUGUUGAAUCUUUCCGAAGGCGUCAAAUAUGGAAAUUGCCAGUAUUAAUAAUAACAUUGGUACUAUUUGAGGAACUUACUGCUGUGCUAUUCUAUUUUUUCCCAAAAAUUGCUCCCCAUAAUUGCUUAACACCUGGUGGAUUUUUUAAGGUAACACAAUCUCUUCGAAAACUUAGCCCAAUUGGCGACACAUUGAAAUAUCAGUCACCGUAUGGACUAUCUAAGAAACCGUUGUUUUUUAUUUUGAGGAACAGCACUACAAUUCAAUUACCAAAGUGGAAACUCAAGCUGUAUGAAAAAUUGGACAAUAGAAAGAUUCCUUGCGAAACACUAGCGCGCAUUCACCAGUAUAUUUUUGUUGAUGAUUGGUUACUGCUUCAGUACUUUUUACACAAACCUGUGGCAAAGAUAAGCUAUAAAGAACUUGUUAACUGUAUUUGGGAAAGACAGUUAUAUUAUUUGGAGGAGGAUUUGAAUUAUAUGGUGAACAACGACGAAGGUAGACGGGUUUUACUCUGGAGACUUUUCAUUUAUUGGUCUUUUAGGUUUGAUGGAACUAUAACAGUAGGGAGUGGGCAGCUCUUUUCAGAGAAAUGGGGGAUCAAUAAUGUUUCUAUCCUUAACUUUUCUGGAAUGAAAGAUAAUAUGCUAGUCACCAGAAAUGACUUAAAUAACUUGGAUGGUGUAGAUGUCUGUAAAUAA